AUGGAAAACACACACACUAUCAACGCCUUCGGUCAGCCCACAACCCCAUAUGAACCUCCGACAGGGCAUCACCAGCAUGCUGCCUCCGAGACACCCUCUGCGCCUGCCAAAAUCGAGUCUAGUGCGGCAGAACAGGCCCCUCUACUGCCAACGUCAGCUGUCAAUCCUUUACUACUGCCUCAGAGGCGUCGUGUCAAUCCCGAAAGCCUCGCGCUUCGCUUGGGCCCGGACCUCGUGCGAGACCUCGAUGCUCUGAUCCUGCCCGGCAACAUAGAGAUGCCGUCAUUUGCUGUCCGAAAGGAGCUGCAAGAACGCUACAACAUUGACCGCAGACACAUCUACGACUACUUUCAUAGCAAGGGGCUCCGCGUCGUCAAAGAAGAUAAGAAUGGCAACCCCAUCCCACCAAGGGAGAUUCUGCCCCCUGAGCUGGUGCUGGAUCCAAUAGACUUUCGUGUGUGCGAUUCAAUACUGAUGCAUGUCUGCUAUUCCAUUCAGCCGAACCUUCGCCCUUUGCGACAGGCCCCGCCCAGAAACUCCCAUUAUCAAUCUGCUACGUGUUCUAAUUCUAAUCCGCGCGAUACCGGAUGGAAGCACCGAAACGCCCGUGGAAUCACCAAGAAGAAGCUCAGACGCCCCAGAAACUGUCCCAGCGACGCUAGCGGACCUGCGGCUUGUGAUCUUGCCAAUGUAAUUACUAGUCUACACACCCAAGUUCAUCAAGGAAGCCCAUCCAUCGGCAGCAACCCUGCUCGGAGUUCUCCUUGUGGACUAGAUCACUUUGACAAACACGAACACGGCUUCGCAGGCGACGGAACUCUUGCGGAUGCCAUCUUCCAUCUCAAACGUGCAGAUGCAGAACCAACGAUAGAUGACUCGGCGACAUGCGACACGACAUUGGUUGUAGAUGAUACUAUGGGCGACAUCCAAGAUCUGGGGACUCUGAUAGACUGCGAUCCACCGCAUGAGGAACUCGGCGUGGUCGCACCUCUGCCUUAUGACUCUCUGGCUCCGCUUUUUGACAAGGAACGAAACUGUCUGUACAAGUAUCUUUCUGAUUGCCUCGGGCCGGCCAGUGGUAUUCAGGAAUCCGUCGGCAGCUAUAGGCAGCACAUGCAGGAACAAACGAGAAUCUAUUAUGAACCCCUCACACGCAACUCCUGCAUUGCUCAGGAAACCCAAUCACCGUCGACACCCGCACAGGAUCAGCAAGGGGACAGAACCGUCAACGAAUUCCGAUCCUGGCUCACCACCGGAAACUUUUACGACGGAUAUGGGAACGGCAUACCAGCCAGGAAUCCGGUCAGCUCAUUUUUUGAGGCUCCGAAGAGGGUGAGAGAGCAAUCGAACGGUUUCAGUUUCUGUCUGCUUGGUGACCACGCGCCGACGACUUCCCUGGACGAGCUUUUCCCGACCGGCGCGAAAACCGAUCUUCCUGGACGUGACGUCAAUGCCUCACCCAUCCUCCGCUCCCGGCCUGCUGGUUCUCGAAUAAGCGAUGAUGACGGUCCAGCUGGAGAUCCGAAUUCUCAUCCGGUCAAUUUCGCUUUGCGAUGCCUGUCGGGACACAUAGACGAGCCGCAUCAAUCCGCAACUCUUUUCCGUGGACUUUAUGGACUUGAGAGGAAAAACGUCAUGGAGACGGCGGCGGCGGGACCGACGCGCCGUGCGGCGCUUGCUGAUUCGAUGGAACAUUCUCCUUUUUCGAACGCUGCUGGCUCGGGCUCUCAAAUUUGCUUCGCGAGCACAAGCUCAGCGAGUGACCGUCCCACCGCUAAUAGGCGGACUUCUCGGGGAGGCGCUGAUCAUCAUCACCACCACAGUCGCACUCGCUUCGCCCCGUACAGCCCUGUUCAUGUGAAAAAGGAGGUCCACGAGCGUAACAGGAAUAGGACCGGCGAGAGACCGUUCACACCCGCGACCCGCGGCCGAAGUCGAGGGCACAGGACCCGGACUGUGUCCGCUGGGGGAGGAAUCUGA